AUGGUCAUGAAAGAAGAUAGUCUCAAGAUAUGUACCGUGUGUGCCUCGAAUAAUAACCGGUCCAUGGAGUCACACAAACAGUUACGAGACGCAGGGUACGACGUGAAGUCGUUCGGCACGGGGUCGGCGGUGAGGUUACCCGGUCCGUCGAUCAACAAACCCAAUGUGUACGACUUCGGCACUCCCUACGAAACCAUCUACAAUGAUCUCUUAUCGCAACCAUGUCGUAAGUUGUACGAGUCUCAAGGCUUAAUCGAAAUGUUGAAUCGGAAUCGCCACGUUAAAACCGCUCCGGAAAAGUGGCACACGAACUACUACGCAGGUAAAUUCGACUUGGUGAUCACCUGUGAAGAGAGAUGUUUCGAUUCCGUUUUGGAUGACCUACAAUUCCGUCUCUAUGACAAGCCCAGUGAUCUGGUCAUCGAAGCCCGCGAGAUUGUCCAUGUUAUCAACAUUGAUAUCAAGGAUGAUAACGAAAACGCUAUUUUGGGGGGUAAAGGUAUUUUGAAGUUGGUUAAUAUGAUCCAUGAAUUCCGAGAACUGCAGAAGGAAAACCCUGAGGACCCAUCAAUCAAUCUCAUGGAGGAUCAGAUGAUGAAGAUUUUAAGUGAAUGGCAAAAGGAGCACCCCCAUCUUCAGACUCUAUACGCAGUUGCCUACUACUAG